AUGAGUGAUCAAGCCUUGCAAUCCCAAGGCUCUUAUGAGCAUUCGAAGACCAAAACACUAUCGCUGCCGCCGAAAGACAACCCUAGAAAUUGGCCAACAUGGAAGAAAUGGGUCCUCGUCAGUUCUAUAACUUUUGUUGACUUGACUGUAUCCUGGGGAGCUUCAGGGUUCAGCCCAGCGUCGACCAAGUUCGCAAAAGAUUUUGGAGUCUCGAGCGAGAUUGGGACUUUGGGCUUGUCCAUUUAUGUUGCAGGUCUUGCUUUGGGGCCCAUGUCACUCGCGCCGCUGUCAGAGUAUUUUGGACGGACGCCACUGUACAUCAUUCCAUAUGGAUGCUUCUUGCUCUUUCUCCUUGGCACUGCUCUCGUACAGAAUCUGGGUGGAUUUUUGGUCUUACGAUUCUUGUCGGGUUUUUUCUCAUCGGUCACUGUUGCGAAUUUUGGGGGCACCAUCGCGGAUCUGUGGGACGUUGAACACACUGGAAUCGCCAUGUCUAUAUUCUUAUGGGCGGCAACAUGUGGGUCACCAUCCGGCUAUUUUCUGAUGUCGUGGGUCGCUCAAUAUCGUGGUUGGAGAGAUGUCUUUUGGGCCUUGCUAGGCAUCUGUGGUGGUGCGUGGAUUAUCGUGUCUGUCACACUGCUCUUAUGCGGUGAAACAAGACACAGUGUUCUCCUUCUCCGCCACAUGAAAGCUGAAAGACGACGAACUGGCCGAGACGACCUGGAUGUUCCAGAAGAGAUGAAGCGUCGUGGUAUUCGCCAACUGUUUAAGAUCGCUCUGACUAGACCAUUUCGCUUCUUGUUCUCUGAAGCCAUCGUUAUCUUUGCAGCCUUGUACAAUGGCUACCUCUACGGUCUGAGCUUCUUGUUCAACGGUGCAUUCAGUGUCAUCUUUGGUCCCUCUGGCAAAGGCUUUGAGACCUACCAAGUCGGACUUACAUUCCUCGGUAUAUGUGUUGGAAUUUCUCUGGGACCUUUGACAAACCUUUGGCAAGAGCGGUACUACCAGAGGAGAAUUCAACGUGCCGGGGGAAAGAACAUACCAGAAGCGCGCGUGCAGCUUGGUCAAGUAGCUGCGGUGACGUUUCCGAUCAGCUUGUUCAUUUUCGCGUUCACUUCAUACGUAUGGUUGAGCUGGGUUGGCCCCGUCAUCGCCAGCGGCCUGUGGGGAUGGAGUUUCUACAUCCUCAUCCUGAUGACUUAUACGUAUAUCGAGGAUAGUUAUGGCCAGUACAGUGCAUCUGCUCUCGCAGCAGUCGGUCUGGCCAGGAAUGCGGCAGGUGCAGGAUUCCCCUUGUUCGGACGACAAAUGUUCGUCAACGAAGGUUACCAGUAUGCAGGCCUGAUCUUGGCUUGUCUAGCGCUUGUUUUGAUGCCUAUUCCGUUUAUUCUGGGUAGAUACGGUCUCAAACUGCGGCAGAAGAGCCCUUGGGCCAGCGAGAUUAUGGAGCACGAAGGGCAGUCAGCAAACCAGUCCGACGAGGAGGCGAUUCAAGAUGAGGAAAAGGUCGGCCAAUAA